GAAGUUUGUAGCUUUUUUUUUUUCUUCUUUUUUUCCCUUUCAAUUCCCAGACACACACGAUUGGGAUUAGACCUUGAAAAAGGAACUGGGGGUCGGGUUUAAGCUGCCCGUGCUUGCCCCUCCACUUUUUUUCCCUCCAUCGUCCACUUUGCUUUCGUCGAUGUGGAAAGCUCCGACCUGACUUUUGCGCAAGUCAUCUAUUCCUCCUAACCUCCAUCCAUCUCAACAACAUCCCACACCUUCGACCCGAACCCAGGUGUCGUCGACCAGUCUGAAAAAAAAGUCUGGAAUUAAAUCAAAAGGGGAGGGAGGUACGACAUUCGUAUAAAAAGCACCCACACACACAUACACACACGCCCAUCAUGUCGCCAUCACAACCCCUCAGUACGAGGGACAGCAACCUGCUUCGGACGGUUGUGCGAAACUUCGAGGACAAGCAGUACCGUCGUGGCCUCAAGGCAGCAGAGCAGAUCCUGAAGAAGAACCCCAAACAUGGCGAAACCAUGGCCAUGAAGGCCCUGAUCAUGAACGCUCAGGGCAAGACCGAGGAGGCUUUCGCACUCGGCAAGGAGGCCGUCUCGGUCGACAUGAAGUCGCAUGUCGUCUGGCACGUCUACGGAAUGCUAUACAAGACGCAAAAGAACUUUGACGAAGCCAUCAAGGCCUACAAAUUUGCCCUGCGCCUCGAGCCAGAGUCGGCCCAGAUCCAGCGCGACCUGGCCAUCCUACAGAUCCAGAUGCGCGACUACCAAGGAUACGUCCAGACGCGCAUGCAGAUGCUCACGGCCCGACCCCAGCUGCGCCAAAACUGGACCGCCGUAGCCAUCGCCCACCACCUCGCCGGGAACCUCGCCGAGGCCGAGAACAUCCUCACCACCUACGAGCAGAGCCUCAAGGUGCCACCGUCACGGGCCGACUUCGAGCACUCCGAGGCCAUCAUGUACAAAAACACCAUCAUUGCCGAGUCGGGCGACACACAACGUGCCCUGGACCACUUGGAUGAGAUCUCCAAGAGCGUGCUGGACCGCCUGGCCGUCAUGGAGACACGGGCAAAGUACCUGAGCGAGCUCGGCAAGAAGGAGGAGGCCACCAAGGCCUGGAGAGCUCUCCUGGACAGGAACCCGGACCAUGUGGAUUACUAUUAUGGCUUGGCAGAGGCGAUGGGCAUCUCGGAUGAUGUGGCUGCCAAACAGGCCAUCUUUGACGAAUAUGCGAAAAAGGCUCCUAGGUGCGAUGCUGCGCGUCGGUUACCAUUGGACAUCUUGACCGGUGACGAGUUCAAGACAGCUGCUCGGGAAUACCUCACCUCUAUGCUGAACAAGGGUGUCCCGUCCACAUUUGCCAACUUGAAGCACCUCUACUCGGACUCGUUCAAAAAGUCAACCCUACCAGAGCUUGUCUUGGAGUAUAUUUCAUCCCAGGAGAGCAGUGGGGAGGCCAACGGCGAUUCAUCCAAGGGCAAGGCCGCAGCCCUUUACUUUAUGGCUCAGCAUUACAACUACCACCUUAGCCGAGACCUGUCCAAGGCCAUGGAGUAUGUUGAGAAGGCCAUUGAGCUCGCACCAAACAGCGUUGAUUUCCACAUGACCAAGGCAAGGAUAUGGAAACACCAUGGCAACACCCAAAAGGCCUCUGAGACUAUGGACCAGGCGCGGGAGCUCGACAAGAAGGACCGAUAUGUCAACACCAAAACCGCGAAGUAUAUGCUUCGCAACAAUGAGAACGAGAAGGCAUUGGAGAUUAUGGGGCUGUUCACCAGGGCAGAGACCCCAGGUGGCCCGCUUGCCGACCUGCUGGAUAUGCAGUCCGUCUGGUUCCUUACGGAGGACGGCGAGGCCUACGCCAGGCGGGGGAACAUUGGAAUGGCACUAAAGAGGUUCCACGCUAUUUUCAACAUUUUCGACAUCUGGCAGGAGGACCAGUACGACUUCCAUACGUUUUCUUUGAGGAAAGGCUUGGUGCGCGCCUACGUAGACAUGAUCCGUUGGGAAGACAGGCUUCGGGAGCACCCCUUUUACUCAAGGAUGGCCCUUGACGCCAUCAAAAUCUACCUCGACCUGCACGAUAGCCAAGAGCCUGCAGCCGACACUAACGGUGUCAACGGUAAAUCGGACGGCGCUGAUGGUCUGAGCGAGGAGGCGAUUGCUGAGAAGAAGAAGGCAGCCAAAAAGGCAAAGAAGGCUCAGGAGAAGGCGGAGCGUGAAGCACAAGAAAAGGCUGCCAAGGAGAACCCCAACAAGGGUCAGAAGAAUGUCAAGGCGGCGGACGGGGAGGCGGCCAAGAAGGUGGAUGAGGACCCGUCUGGUCUCAAGCUGGCUGGAACCAAGGAUCCCCUGGGUGAGGCAGUCAAAUUCCUCGUGCAUCUGCUGCAGUUCAGCCCCAAGCAUAUCGAAGCACAACUGGCCGGGUUCGAGGUGUACAUCAGGAGAAACAAGUACAUUCUCGCGCUUGGGUGCUUGAACGCUGCACGUGCUAUUGACCCCAACCACCCCAGGUUACAUGAGCAGUCGAUCCGCUUGCGGAGCGCACUCAAUGCGGCCCGCGAAUCUUUGCCACCAAAGGUUGCUGAUGUGAUCGACUCGGAGUUCACCACGGUGCCCCCAUCAGCAGAUCUGAACAAGCUCAACAAGGAGUUCCGCGACCAGAACAAGGGCAAGCCGGCACACGAGUUGGCUGCCAUCCGUGCCAGCAGAUCUCUCGGGACCGACCAAAAGCAGAGCGAGAAAGACAUCACAUCAAUCCUUGACAUCGAAUCGUUGACUUUGGAGGAUGCUGAGGCUGCCAUGGAGACUCUGAAGAGCUGGAGGAGUAGCGAGCUCGAAACUGCCAAGAAAGCUGCUAAGAGCAGGUUCCCCGAGGCAACAGCAUUUUCGUGAAGAAGACUCACGAGGAUAAGGCACUUUGGCUUUUGGGGAGGGGCACGUCGGCCGGCUAUCGUCGGCAGGCAAGUCGAUGCAAGGUUAGCUAACGUUGCAGGGAAAGUAGUUGUGCUUUUGGUAUUCCCAGUCUCGUGUUGCUGGAAAGUUGUCUAUAAGAAUUCAACCCCAGGAGGAAACCUGGGUGAUUGUUUGAAAUGGACUAUGUAUAUUCGACGCCAUGUCGGGGCAGCAGGGAAAAGUCGGUAACGAGGUAUAUGAAGUGGUAUAUGGCGCCAUGUCAUUAAGGCAGGAAGAGAAAGAAGGAGAAAAGAAGGCAACACAACAAAAUGGGCAUUUUCAAGACUUUAACAUGUGGACGGGUGUAAUGAAGGUUGUGGAUGGGUUAGCAAGUAAAAUCCGACUUGCUCAAUCCACAAAGUUGGGUAGUCUCGGACACCCAUCACAACCUUGACAAGCAAGUGAACAAGCACCAUCAGGAUCGGUGAAGCUUCAGGCCUUCACCGUGAGGAAUUGUAGGCUGGUUGCAUGUGUCUCGUUCCACAAGGGCUUUCAAGUUUGAUCUCGUGGGGAUUCCAUGUCAAAUGUGUGGGCAUUCCAUUUAUACCAAGUCAACAAGACUACAUUCCAA